CGCAGGCGUGUCCCCGCCCCCGCUCCGCCCUGUGCUUCCGGGUUCCCAGCUGAGCCGUGACCCAUCCUAAAAGACCUAGGCGCGGGACCAAGCGGGAGACCAAGGGGAGGCGGAGAUGCCACAUGUGGUGAGGUGCCAGCAGACUGGGGAACUGAAUGCUCACUGCACAUUUCAGGUGAAUUACAAGGACCGAUGAAAGCAGCCCCAAAGCUGCGGAAGAAAAGGACAGGCCGGCCGAUUUAGAGUUCAGUUGAGACCUGAAUUCUCUCAGACUCUGUCUUCACCUAGCUGAGAGAAAGUCUAGUUACCAAACAUCUCUGCUUCAAGGAAAGUUACCCAGGUGUUCUUCCUGGCGCUCCCUCCUCUGCUGAGAGCCAUGCAGAGGAGAGCAGAGAUGGGCAGCAGCCAGCCCCUUCCCAUCUCCGAAAGUGGCACCAGGAGAAAGAAGAAACGGAAGGCCCGAGCGACUGAUUCCUUGCCCGAAAGGUUUGAAGAUUUGUACAGGCUGACCUCUGAGCUGCUUGGAGAAGGCGCCUACGCCAAAGUUCAAGGUGCUGUGAGUCUGCAGAAUGGCAAAGAAUAUGCAGUAAAGAUCAUCGAGAAACAAGCUGGGCACAGUCGGAGCCGGGUGUUUCGAGAGGUAGAGACCUUGUAUCAGUGUCAAGGCAACAAGAACAUUUUGGAGCUGAUCGAAUUUUUUGAAGAUGAUGCAAGAUUUUACCUGGUCUUUGAGAAACUACAAGGAGGCUCUAUUUUCACCCACAUCCAAAAACGAAAGCAUUUCAACGAACGGGAAGCCAGCCGGGUGGUCCGUGAUGUCUCCUCUGCCCUGGACUUCUUGCAUACAAAAGGCAUCGCUCACCGAGAUCUGAAGCCAGAGAACAUACUGUGUGAAUCUCCCUCAGAGGUGUCCCCAGUGAAGAUCUGCGACUUUGACCUGGGCAGCGGCGUGAAGCUGAACAAUUCGUGCACCCCCAUCACCACGCCAGAGCUGACUACACCGUGCGGCUCAGCCGAGUACAUGGCUCCCGAGGUGGUCGAAGUGUUCACCGAAGAAGCCACCUUCUACGACAAGCGCUGCGACCUGUGGAGCCUGGGGGUGGUUCUCUACAUCAUGCUCAGUGGCUACCCCCCCUUCGUGGGUCACUGUGGCACCGACUGCGGCUGGGACCGGGGAGAGGUGUGCCGUGUCUGCCAGGACAGGCUUUUUGAGAGCAUUCAGGAGGGCAAGUACGAGUUUCCGGAGAAGGACUGGGCACACAUAUCUCCGGAGGCCAAAGACCUGAUCUCCAGGCUUCUCGUGCGUGAUGCCAAGCAGAGGCUCAGCGCCGCCCAGGUCCUGCAGCACCCGUGGGUGCAGGGGCAGGCUCCGGAGAGGGGACUGCCCACGCCGCAGCUGCUGCAGAGGAACAGCAGCAUCAAAGACCUGACACUCUUUGCAGCCGAGGCCAUCGCCCUGAACCGCCAGCUCUCCCAGCAUGAAGAGCAGGAGCUGGGGGAGGAGCAGCAGGCGCUGAGCGAAGGCCUCUGCUCCGUCAGGCUCUCCCCGCCUUCCAAGUCCCGCCUGGCACGGCGGCGAGCCGAGGCUCACGCCGGCCGCCACGGAGAGCCCAAGCCUGCCCUGGAGGCCCUCUGAUGGCGGCGCUCUGCAUCCACUCACCUCCAAUGAUGGCUCCCAGGUGGGGAGGCCGGGCACCCUCCUGCCGCCCGGCCAUCUGUUCCUCAGCAUCUUCUCGGCUCCAGUGUGUCUAUCUCUGGCUCUGCACUCACUCACAAACACAAUUCAUCUCUUUCUCCCCCUCCUCCCCCUUCUGGUAAUUCUGCUAUUCCCUAGGGGGCCUUGAGAAUGAAGCUUUCUCCAAGGAGGUUGUCAUCAGAAAAGAUAACAGUCACUUGUCACUUUGACUAAGAGGGUCAUUUCAUCUGGUUCCUGAAUCCAAUAUGAGCACCAGUGCUGCUCUGAGUCAGGUUUGAAAAGUGUUUAGGUGGUCGCCGCCGUCCAGACAGCAGGCCUCUCCCUCCCACCCGGCUCCAUCCACCCAUGGCACACACGCUUCCCUGUGCUGCUCUCCAGCCUUCUCCCAGGGAGGGUCGAGUGAGCCCCCCACCACAUCAGUCCCUCCCCCCGUGCCCACCUCCAGCUCAAGAGUGGAAGAAGAGGCAGCGUUCCGAUUUUCCAGUUCAAGAAAUCGGAUCCAUCUUCCCGUUUUCAGCCUGUCCCCAAGCCUGUGAAAUGCAUGUGUCUUGUCUUGCUAUGAAGGAACUGUCCCUGGUGCAUCAGCCUCUUCCUCCUUUGUACUUGCUGCUAAAGUCCAUUUAAAAAGAAGAAAACACAGUGUUAGCUGCGCUCUCCUGGCACAGAGAGUACACGGGCACUGUGGACCUGCAGGCACUCCCGAGAAGAAGCUGGAGUCUGGCUUCUUUAUCCUCCCCAGGCCUGGGAGUUUGUUUGAAGCUUCUCCCUUCCUCAGCUAAUCUGUUUGAAACUGAUUGGAGAAGUUCUCAGCCUGACCAUUGUGGUAGGCAGGGUUGGCUUGGGAAUCCCUGAAGAAUGUGGAUCCAGGCAGGGAGGGUGGUCAGGCUGGGGGGCGGGGCUUGGAGCUGGAGGUGGCCAGGCCAUGGAAUGAGGAGGAGCUGCUGCCACACAGUAGGUCAGAGUAGGUUGGCAUCAGCCUUCUGGAGGUCCAGAGGUGCCACUGGAUUUUUAUAUAUUGUGCUGUAUGGAUGACUAGCAUUAAGAAAUAUGAACACGCCUAUUUAAGACUUUUAUACACUGACGGUGUUGUUUUGAGCUGUAGUUUUAAUAAAAUUAUUUUUAGUAUA